AUGACUUCUGCGUAUUUCGGAGUCGCUGGCGGAGGGAACGCUGGUGCACAAUCGGCAUAUUUCGGAGUUGGGGGAGGACCUGCUGGAGGCGGAGGAGCGCCGAAGAUCGGAGGAGGAGCCCCGGCGCCGGCCGGAACCUCGUGCUAUCUCGGAGCUGGAGCCGGUGGCGGUGGGGGAGGUGGAGCCACAUCGGCCUACUUUUCGGUGACCCCGACUGCUGGAGGAGCCGCGCCAUGCGGAGGAGGAGCCGCUCCGUUCGCACCGCCACGUAAGUCUAUCGACAAAAGAGUCGUGUUAUUCUUGUUCGUUUCAGCGGUGGCCGCCGGAGGUGGAGCGUCUACGAUGACAGCCGUCGGACAGCCAGCUGCUGCCGGAGGAGGUGCCUCAACCAUGACCGCCGUCGGAGGUGCACCGAGAGGAGCGUCUACGAUGACUGCCGUGGGUGGAGCGCCGAUCGGAGGGGGCGGAGCCUCGACAAUGACUGCCGUCGGAGGAGCACCGGUCGGAGGCGGCGGAGCUAGCACCAUGACCGCUGUCGGAGGACUGCCAGCCGGUGGAGGUGCCUCGACGAUGACCGCUGUCGGCGGAGCGCCGCGAGGAGCUUCGACCAUGACAGCCGUCGGAGGUGCGCCGAUCGGUGGAGGCGCCAGCACCAUGACCGCUGUCGGAGGAGCUCCGAUUGGAGGCGGAGGUAGGACAUACACGACAACGACCGAGAUCUAAAUGAUUUUCAGGAGCUUCGACCAUGACGGCUGUGGGUGGUGUACCGAUGGGAGGAGGCGCGAGCACGAUGACAGCCGUGGGUGGUGCCCCGAUGGGAGGAGGCGCGAGCACAAUGACCGCAGUCGGCGGAGUUCCGAUUGGCGGAGGAGCGAGCACUAUGACGGCUGUCGGUGGAGCCCCGGGAGGAGCGAGCACUAUGACGGCGGUUGGAGGAGCGCCACGCGGAGCGUCUACGAUGACCGCAGUCGGCGGAGCUCCGAUUGGCGGAGGAGCGAGCACCAUGACGGCUGUCGGUGGAGCCCCGGGAGGAGCGAGCACUAUGACGGCGGUUGGAGGAGCGCCACGCGGAGCGUCUACGAUGACUGCGGUUGGUGGAGCCCCGAUUGGAGGAGGUGCGAGCACAAUGACGGCUGUCGGAGGAGUCGGCGCCCCGAUGGGUGGAGGAGCCAGCACGAUGACUGCCGUGGGUCAACCGGGAGGAGCGGCUCCGAUUCCAGCUGCGCCAAUGGCCCCGAUGGGCGGAGGGGGCGGUGGCGGUGCCACUUCGGCGUACUUCGGAGUCGGAGCCUCGGGUGGCGGUGGCGGUGGAGCUCAAUCGGCCUACUUCGGAGUCACUGGAGGAGGUGGCGGUGGCGGUGGAGCCCCGAAGAUCGGAGGAGGAGGCGGCGGUGGCGGAAUCCCCGGACAGUCCGUCUACAUGGGAGCUGGUGGAGCCGGAGGUGGCGGCGGCGGAGCCACGUCUGCGUACUUCGCUCCGAAGUGA